CAUAAAAUUGAAACUAUUGCGUAAGGUAAAUCCACGAGAAAAUGAAUCCACCGGUGCCACCCUCCCCCUUUUGGAUCAAGGCACGUAUAACCUUUGCAGUCAUUGGAUUGUUAGUUGGUUUGUCCGUUCUAUUUGUUUUUGGAGUCAAUUUUCACAACUGGAACGUGGCCUUAUGGGGACUUUUGUCAGGAAUAGCAGCAGGGUUGGCAUUAUUUAUACACAUAGCAUACAUCAAACGAUGCUGGGAGAACAACCCUUACCCUCUGAAGAGAUGGAUGCUGAGUGGUUGUUUUAUACAGCUGGCAGGGGUGUGCGGAUUUGUCACCUACCUUACUCUUGCCAUCGUAAAUAAACAGGGUUUAAUCAUUGAGGGCCCUGGCUACUACCUGACCUGUGUUUGGUGCUUCAUGACGUGGAAAUGGGGAUUCUAUGUGUUCUACUUCUCACGGUCCUAUAAACGUUUGUAUCAACAAGUUUAUACCAUACUUCCAAAGAAUGAUGAUGAGACAGACUAUCGAUACUAUACUUAAUGAACAGUCAACAUAUUGAUUUGACUUUCAUUUAAAAAAAAACAACAAAUUGUUUCUCAUAACUUUUUUCAUAUUGUAUAAAUCCAUAAAAUAUCAAUUUUAAUUUGACCAGAAGCAUGUUAUGUCUUGGUGUAUGAGACUUUGAAUGUCCCAUCACCUGCACUAAAUACUUAUUUAAAAUUUAAUUAUCUGUUGGAUCCUUAAAUAUAUUUACUGUUUGUUAUAUUCUUGAUGUUCAUAUGAUUCUGAACAUAUUUUUAUACUUUGAAACUUUCCAGUUUAUUGUUUGUGUAAUGUUUGCAAACAUUUUUAAUAUAUAUUUUUUAUUUAAAAGUAUAAAACAGAUCACCAACACUUCGUGAGAAUGCAGCAGUAAAUUUAUUUUGUUGACCGGUUUCGACCUGUGACGGUCGUCAUCAGAACAAGUAAG